AUGCACCGAGCACAGGGACGCGGCGGCACGAGUAGGGCCGGUGGGGAGCCACGAGCAGCCCCGCCGAGCCCUGGCAUCCCCCCGAAGCGCGCCAAGGUCACGGCGGAGCCGGGGGCACCCGAGGAGGGCCCAGCUCGCCCGGUGGCACCAUUUUUUGCACGGAAGCUGAAGAAUGCGGCAAUCGGCACUGGCUGCGACAUCCGGCUGCGGGUGGUGGCAGUGGGCAACCCCCAGCCCAGCCUCCGCUGGUACCGAAACGAGGAGCUGCUGGCCCCACGUGAGGAGGAGUACGGGACCCUCUGGAUCCGGGAUAGCAAGAAGGAAGAUGCCGGCGUGUACACCUGCAUCGCUGAGAACGAGCGGGGAGAGGCCAUGACCAGCGCCGUGCUGGCCAUCAUUGACAUGGAAGACUCGGAGACGGGCGAGGAUGAGCCCAGCGAUCCCCAGGUGACGCAGCGCAGCGAGCUCCAGGAUGAGACGGCCUUCAGCACCCCCACGGGUGGGUCUGACACUCUCGUGGACGCCUCCAUGAACACAACGCCGACCUCGGUGCUGGCCCUGUCGCAGGCAGAGGAGCGCUCCAGCUGGUCAGGCAGCCAGCAGACCGUGGUGGAGAAGGAGACGGACGCCAGCCUCCCCGCACGGGGACCCUACCUUCGUCCUGCUGCCUGGCAGCAGCCGCAGGGAACCCCAAGGCAAGCAAACGCGCCGACUCCGCGCGGCGCCGAGGUCCGGCACCUGGGCGUGGAGCCACUGGUGCGGGCAUCACGGGCUAAUCUGGUGGGCACGAGCUGGGGGUCGGAGGAUAGCCUUUCAGUGGCCAGCGACCCCUAUGGCAGCGCCUUCAGCCUGUACCGAGGACGGGCGCUCUCGCUCCACGUCAGCAUCCCCCAGGGGGGCUACCGGAGAGAUGACACCCACAGCGGCCCUGUCUCUCCGAAGCCCGGUGCUGAGCCCCCAAGGCCCCCCGCUGCCCUGCCACUGACUGCCAAGCCACCCAUCCUCCGCUCGCCAUCUCCCCGCGCCGGCCCGUGCCUGCCGGCGCCCGCCGGCGCCGCGUCCCCCCCUGCCGCCCGUGGCCCUGGCGUCCCCUCCUUCACGCCUGUGACCCCCCGCAAGAAGUCCUCGGUGCCGGCAGAGUACCAGGACACCGUCCCCGAGGAGUACGAGGAGAAGAUCAAGAAGCCCAAGUCCUCGGGGUACUCACAGGGCAGCACGCAAGAGUCCCGUCCCGCGACACCAAUGAGCGACGCCUCCGGCCGCAUCUCCGUCCGGGCAUCCCCCAAGCUGGUGCGUGCCGGCUCCAAGAUCUUCGAGAGACUGCAGUACUUCGAGGAGCGGCGGAGGAGCCUGGAGCAGGCAGACAGCCCCUUCCCCGCACACCCCUGCCUGCCCUUGCGCAAGACGCGUUCCUUCGACCAGCCCGGCUCCAGCUCCCGCCGUGCCAGCACGCUGGGCGGCUCGCGGGAGGACGUGCGGGAAGGCGGCCGUUGGGAGUCAGGCAGCACGGCAGCAUGCCGGCGUUUGGCCUUCCGGCAGAAAGCCGCAUCCUUCGACGAGCGGGGCAAGUUCGCCGGCCGUGUCUACGCCAUCGAGCACAAGUUUGCAGAGGAGCUGACCCGCAUCAAGCGGACGGUCUCCAAGCAGCAGCUGCGGCGCUCCCAGGAGCUCGUGGCGCUGGUGGGACCUGAUGGGGACCUGGAGCUGGGGGGGCAGCGCGGCAGGAAAGCCCCGGCGCGGGGUGGCGUGGUGGCUGGUCAGCCCAACGAGGCGGAGGAUGCGGGCGCCAGGAAGGGUCCGCAGCAAGAAGGCACUGGGGAAGUGAAGAAGAAGGAGCAGUGGCCGUUAGCGCAAGCCACCCCACAGGGACGGGCAGCCCUUUCGCAGGCGGGUCCCGCCGAAGGCAGCCCGUGCCCGGACGGGGGCCCCGCCAGUGGAGCCCGUGCCCCUGGGGCAGUGAGCGAAGCCCUGGCCGCCCGGCUGGCCGUGCCCCACGGGCUGUACCGGCGGCCAGAGGCGCCCGUGGAGGUGCGGUUCCUGCCCUGGGCGAAGCCAGGGAUGGAGCAGGAGGCUCGCCUGGAGAGGAGCUGGGCAGGGCAGCAUGGCGUGGGCAGGGAGGUGGAGAGAAGGCAGAUGAAAGUGUCGGAGAAGAAAGAGAGUGGCCGGACGGCUCAAGAAGGCAGGAGCAUGCGGAGCAAGGGGAAGGGGCGGCGAGCCAGGCCCACCUCUCCGGAGCUAGAGUCCUCUGACGACUCCUACGUCUCAGCGGGUGAAGACCCCCUGGAAGCCCCCAUCUUUGAGAUCCCCAUCCAGGACAUGGCGGUGGCCGUGGGGGCGGAGGUGCUGCUCAAGUGCAUUGUCACAGCCAACCCCCAGCCAGAAGUGUCCUGGAGGAAGGACGGGGUCCCGCUGCGGAGCAGCACGACGCGGCCCAUCAAGGCGGAGGGCGAGCGUCAUACCCUGCUGGUCAGGAGUGCCCGGGUAGCCGACGCUGGCCUCUACACCGUCACCGCGGCCAACGAGGUGGGAGCGACCUGCUGCAGUGCCAUCCUCAGCGUGCGGCCCGGUGAGUGCCGGCGGCCUGGCGGUGGGAGCGCCAGCCCCAUCACCUCGGACGAGGAGUACCUGAGCCCCCUGGAAGAGUUCCCCGAGUCCGGCACCCCCCAGCACCGACCGGCCAUGAAGCUGCAACCUAGAGCCGAGCAUGGGGCUGCCCACGGCUCUCCGGAGAGCACCUUCAAGGCUGCACCCACCUUUGAGGUGUCCCUGUCGGACCAGUCGGUGCUGGAGGGGCAGGAUGUCAGCAUGAGCGUCCGCGUCCGUGGGGAGCCCAAGCCCAUCAUAUACUGGCUGAGAAACCGGCAGCCGGUGAAGUACGGCCGUCGGCACCACGCAGAGGAGGUGGAGGGGGCACGGGGGCUCUUCACGCUGCACAUCCUGGCGGCGGAGCGCACCGACACCGGCUUCUACACCUGCAAGGCCGUCAAUGAGUACGGCACCAAGCAGUGUGAGGCCAAGCUGGAGGUCAGAGCUCGCCCCGAGUGCCAGUCCCUGGCCAUCGUGGUUCCCCUGCAGGACGUGGUGGUCGGGGCGGGGGAGCUGGCACUCUUUGAGUGCCUGGUGGCUGGCCCUCCAGACAUGGACGUGGACUGGCUAUCCCGGGGCCGGCUGCUCCAGCCCGCCCUGCUCAAAUGCAAGAUGCAUUUUGACGGGCGCAAGUGCAAGCUGCUGCUCACCUCUGUGCAUGAGGACGACAGCGGGAUCUACACCUGCAAGCUCAGCACCGCCAAAGACGAGCUGACCUGCAGCGCCCGGCUGACGGUGCAGCCCUCCGUGCAGCCGCUCUUCACCCGCAAGCUGGAGGACGUGGACGUGGUGGAAGGGCGAACGGCGCGUUUCGACUGCAUGAUCAGUGGGACUCCCCCUCCGACGGUCACCUGGACCCAUUUUGGCCAGCCGGUGCAGGAGGGGGAGAACAUGCGGAUUCAGCGGGACAGGGGGCUGCACUCACUGGUCAUCGUGCACGUGGGCAGCGAGGACGAGGGGCAGUAUGCGGUGACUGCCAGGAAUGCCCACGGCCAUGUGGAGUGCUCUGCCGAGCUCUACGUGGAGGAGCCGCGGCCGUCUGCUGCCUCCCAGAGCUCCAAGCUGGAGAAGAUGCCAUCCAUCCCGGAGGAGCCGGAGCAGGCGGAGACGGAGGCAGAGUGCUUCACCAUGCCCGAUUUCCUGAAGCCGCUGCACAACCUGGACGUGGUGGAGUCGAAGGAGGCUGUGCUGGAGUGCCAAGUGGCCGGGCUGCCCUACCCCUCCAUCACCUGGUUCCACAACGGCUCCCGCAUCGACAGCACUGAUGACCGCAAGAUGAUGCAGUAUAAGGAUGUCCAUCGCCUGGUAUUCACGGCCGUCAGCCACGCGCAUGCUGGUGUCUAUAAAAGCGUCAUUGCCAACAAAGUGGGGAAGGCCACGUGCUACGCACACCUCUACGUCACCGACGUGGUGCCGACCCCCCCGGACGGGCCCCCCACUGUGGCCUCGGUGACCGGCAGAGCCAUCACGCUGACCUGGAACAAGCCCAAGUGGCUGGACACUGCCAUAGACCCCAAGUCGGUGACCUACCUGGUGCAAAUGCAAGUGCUGGGCACGACGCAGUGGCUGGUGCUGGUGGCCGGCGUGCGGGACACCACUUACACGGUGCAUGGGCUGACCAAGGGUGCCCAGUACCUCUUCCGUGUCAUCACCGCCACCCCCAAGACCAACAGCAAGCCCUCCCCGCCUGUGGGGCCCGUGCAGCUCCUGGACCGGGGUCCCUACCUGGAAGAGGCCCCAGUCAUCCUGGACAAGCCAGAUGUGUUGUACGUGGUGGAGGGUCAGCCAGCCUCCAUUACCAUCACCAUCAACCACGUGGAGGCCACCGUCACCUGGAAGAGCAACCGCCACGGCACUGCCCGCUGCACCCUCCGCCUCCGCCUCGCAGAGGCACCACGCUUUGAGUCCAUCAUGGAGGACAUCGAUGCCCAGGAAGGGGAGACGCCGCGCUUUGCUGUGGUGGUGGAGGGGAAGCCGCUGCCGGACAUCAUGUGGUACAAGGACGGGGAGCUGCUGGAGGAGAGCAGCCACCUGAGCUUCGUGUACGAGGACAACGAGUGCUCGCUGGUGGUGCUGGGCGCCACCGAACCCGACAGCGGCGUCUACACCUGCACGGCCAAGAACCUGGCCGGGGAGGUCUCCUGCAAGGCAGAGCUGGUGGUGCGGGCAGCCCAGCCCCCUGCCGAUGCCGCCAUGGAGGAGGAGGCACUGCACAAGGCGCGACGCCUGACUGACUACUACGACGUGCACGAGGAGAUUGGGAGAGGGGCUUUCUCCUACCUGCGGAGGGUGACGGAGAAGAGCAGCCGGCUGGACUUUGCCGCCAAGUUCGUCCCUGGGAGGACCAAGGCCAAGCAGUCGGCACGCCGGGAGCUGCACAUCCUCUCGCAGCUGGACCAUGAGCGCAUCGUCUUCUUCCACGACGCCUUUGAGAAGAAGAAUGCCGUCAUCAUGGUCAUGGAGCUCUGCGCCAAGGAAGAGCUGCUGGACAGGAUGGCGAGGAAGCCCUCGGUGUGCGAGUCCGAGGUCCGGUCCUACAUGCGGCAGGUCCUGGAGGGGAUCUGCUACCUGCACCAGCACAGCGUCCUGCACCUGGACAUCAAACCAGAAAACCUCCUGAUGGCGGAUUCGAGCAGCGAGCAGGUCCGGAUCUGCGACUUCGGCAAUGCACAGGAGCUGACCCCCGAGGAGCCGCAGUACUGCAAGUAUGGCACCCCCGAAUUCGUGGGCCCCGAGAUCGUCAACCAGAGCCCCGUCUCCAGCGUCACCGACAUCUGGCCCGUGGGGGUCAUCGCCUACCUCUGCCUGACGGGGAUCUCCCCCUUCGUGGGGGAGAACGACAAGACGACGUUGAUGAACAUCCGCAACUACAACGUGGCCUUCGAGGAGAGGAUGUUCCAGGGGCUCACCCGGGAAGCCAAGGGCUUUGUCAUCAAAGUGCUGGUCAAUGACAGGCUGAGACCCAAUGCGGAGCAGACCCUGGAGCAUCCCUGGUUCAAGACGCUGGCCAAGGGGAAGGUCAUCAGCACCGACCACCUAAAGCUCUUCCUCUCCCGUCGGAAAUGGCAGCGCUCGCAGAUCAGCUACAAGUGCAACAUGGUGCUGCGGCCGAUCCCGGAGCUGCUGGAGGACACGUCCAACCACCUCUCCAUCGCCGUGCCCCGGCACCUCAAGGAGUCGCCGGCACUGUCAUCCUCCUCGGACUCGGACGACCUGGACGAGCUGCCCUUCAUCCCCAUGCCGCACCAGGUGGAGUUCUCCGGCUCCCGCAUGUCGCUCAAUGAGAUCCCCACAGAUGACGAGGCCAUGGGGACACCUGAGGGGCCGCGGUUGGAGGCGGUCACGCCGGGGGACGUCUCCGCCAUGGAGUGGCAGAGUCAGGGUAUGGGGAAGCCCGGGGUGGCCCUGGGAAAGCGGCCAAGGGGCACCGGGCCACGGCGGCCAUGCGUGGAGGCAGAGGCACCUGGCUCCUCCGAUGAAGAAGCCCCCGAAGCCCAGAGGCGGCCGGAGUACCCCCGCAAAGCCAUGAGGAAGGGGUCCAGCCUGGAGUCCCCGUCUCCGCCAUGGAGUGGCAGAGUCAGGCACCGGCUGCAGAAGAGCAGCUCCUUCAGCCACGGGGACGCCGAGCCCGUUGUCCGGCACCGCCGCUCUGGCGCGCCCCUGGAGAUCCCGGUGGCCCACCUGGAGGCCCAGCGGCUCAAGGAAUCCCCAUCACUCUCGGCCCUCUCUGAUGCCCGGCCUCCAGUACCACCAGACGCCCCCGGCCCGCCGACACCCUCCGUGGUGGAGACCGCUGUCCCCCGAGCUCCCGCUGCCAGGGCUGCCCUGGGGAGCAGGCGCAUCCCUGAGGAGCGCAGCCAGCCCGGGGCCAGCAUGGCCGCCACCACCAUGGGGAAGAAGCCCACAGCUGGGGGGCAGGAGGAAAAGACGCCCACCAAGGCCGCUGGAGCCAGCGGGGAGGGGGCUGCCAGGAUGGGAGCACCCACCACACCACAGCCCCUGGCUCCCAGCACCCAAGCCCCCAAAACGUCUUCCUACGCCAAGGUCAUGCAAGCCAUGGGAGCUGUGCGAGGCGGGGAGCCAGCCACCGAGGAAGCCCCCCGGUCCCCGCCGGCCACCCCCACUGAGCCUCCCCCAGCAGCACCAGCACCAGCACCGGCAUCGAGGAGGGAGGCGAAACCCGAUGGCUCCUCCAGCUCCCUGCUCAUCCAGGACAUCGACUCGGAGGAGGUCUUCGAGGCCAAGUUCAAGCGGGGCCGGGAGUCAUCGCUCAGCCGGGGGCUGAAGCUCCUCACCCGCUCCCGCUCUGAGGACCGGCACCUGGCUGGCCCCCCAGCCACCGACGAGGGCAUCUACCGUCCCACACCGGCUGGUGUGCCCUUGGAGCUGCGCAGGGACCGGCCCACCGGGCUGGCAGCCAAGUCCAUGUCGGUGCAGGACCUGCACGAGGUUGAAAAGGACAGGGGCUUCCUCCGGAGGAUGUCCGUGCUCCUCAAGCGGACCCCGCCUGCCGAGAGGAAGAAGAGCAGGGGGCAGGAUGGAGGCAGUGAGACCCCAACCAGCGGCCGCCGCUUCUCCUGGAGCCUGGCCCUGGGUGGCUCCAAGGAGCGGAGGGACUCGGAGAGCCUCAAGUCGGAGCCAGUGGGUGGUGGGGAGAGCGAUUCGCCAGUGGUGGCCGUGCGGAGGAAGAUCAGUGCCACGAUGGAGCGGGUCUCUGCCCGGCUGCGCAGCCUGUCGGACGAGCGGCCGGAGGGCGAGGGGCCCGGGGAGCUCCGCCGUGCCAGCUCCGAGGGGGAGAGCCUGCGGCCAGGGCCUCCGCCAGUGCCUGCACCCUCCUCUGAGUCCCUGCGCUCAGAGGGAAGCACCCGCUCCUCCGUCUCCACCAAAGGUGGGGGUGAGAGCCAGAAGCGGUCCCGCUGGGAGCGUUGGGGUCUCUCGCGGAGCAAGAAGGAGAAGGUGGCCUCCCAGCCCAGCAUACCCUCCAGCCUGCUGCGGGAGGAGGGACCUGCUGCCGGCCGGCCACACGCGCCCAGUGAGUCGGAUUUCCCCCCUGUUUUCCACAUCAAGCUGAAGGACCAGGUGCUGCUGGAGGGCGAGGCGCUGACCCUCUGCUGCCUGCCCGCCGGCAGCCCGACCCCCAGGAUCAUCUGGAUGAAAGACAAGAGGUCCCUGCAGCCGGACAGUGCACUGAACGUCGUCUCCUGCAAGGACGGCCGGCAGAUGCUCACCAUCACCAAGGUGUCCAGGAAGGAUGCGGGGCUGUACGAGUGUGCAGCCGCCAACGCCCUGGGCACGGCCAUCAGCUCCUGCACGCUAGCUGUGGCACGGCUGCCCGGGCGGCCGGGCACACCGGAGAUCCCCCAGAAGUACAAGAACACGGUGCUGGUGCUGUGGAAGCCUGCGGAGAGCAAAGCCCCCUGCACCUACACGCUGGAGCGCAGGCUGGAUGGAGAGCACGAGUGGAAGAUCGUCAGCACCGGCAUUGCCGACUGCUACUUCAACGUGACGGAGCUGCCCCCCAGGAGCACCGCCAGGUUUCGGGUGGCCUGCGUCAACAAGGCCGGGCAGGGGCCCUACAGCACCCCCUCGGGGAAGGUGCACCUCGAUGCCGCAGAUGCCCGAGCUGCCUCAGCCAAGGACAUCGCUGUCCCUAUCCCCGUCCCCAUCCCCGAGAAGGUGGCUUCCAGCCGGUCAACCCAGACACCCGUGGGGCAGCUGGAGCCACCGGCUAUGGGAGCCACCCCCACCACGCCACCCCGCAAGCAGAAGGGAGUGGUGCAGAAGGCAGAUGGGGCGGUGGAGGCGGACGCCCCCCCCGGGGUCCUCCAGCCCCCUGUGCCCCACGAGGAGGGGCCACGGCCGGACCCCGAGCUCCCGCCUGACAUCACCAUCUUGUCAACCACCCCCGGCUCAGCCCCCACGCUAUCUCCCACCCCCAAUGCUGCACCUGCGCGGAAGAUGCCCCCCUACAUGGUCACCUCCUUCGUCUCCAUGCCCCCCACGUCGUCCUCCCCGCAGGAGCCCCCCGUCACUGCCCCAUCCUCCAAGGAGCCCCCGGCUGAGAGUGGGACCCCGGGGGCAAAGGACAGCACUGCGCUGCGGCAGGGCGUCCCCCAAAAGCCAUACACCUUCUUGGAUGAGAAGGCGAGGGGCCGUUUUGGGGUGAUCCGUCUGUGCAAGGAGAAUGCCACAGGGAAGCACUUCAUGGCCAAGAUCGUGCCCUACGAGGCGGAGAGGAAGCAGAGCGUGCUGCAAGAGUAUGAGAUCCUCAAGGCACUGCACCACGAGCGCAUCAUGGCCCUGCACGAGGCGUACAUCACCCCCCGCUACCUGGUGCUCAUCUGUGAGAACUGUGCCGGCAAGGAGAUCCUCUACAGCAUCGUGGACAGGUUUCGCUACUCGGAGGACGAUGUGGUGAGCUACGUGCUGCAGCUCCUGCAGGGCCUCGAGUACCUGCACGGCCGCCGCAUCGUGCAUCUCGACAUCAAGCCGGACAACGUUGUCGUCUCGGGCAUGAACGCCCUCAAGAUCAUUGAUUUCGGCAGCGCCCAGACCUACAACCCCCUCGUGCUGCGGCAGCUGGGGCGGCGCGUUGGCACCCUGGAGUACAUGUCGCCAGAGGUGGUGAAGGGUGACCCGGUGGGCUCUGCAGCAGAUGUCUGGGGCGUUGGCGUCCUCACCUACAUCAUGCUCAGCGGGCGGUCACCGUUCUUUGAACUGGACCCCAUCGAGACGGAGAACCGCAUCCUGGCAGGGCGCUUUGAUGCAUUCAAGCUGUACCCCAAUGUCUCACAGAGUGCUGCCCUCUUCAUCCGCAAGGUCCUCGCCGUCCACCCCUGGAGCCGCCCCACGGUGAAGGACUGCUUUGCCAACGCCUGGCUCCAGGACGCCUACCUGAUGAAGCUGCGCCGCCAGACCCUGACCUUCACCACCAACCGCCUCAAGGAGUUCCUGGUGGAGCACCAGCGGCGCCGCGGUGAAGCCGUCACCAAGCACAAGGUCUUACUCCGCUCCUACCAGGGCGGCCAGCCGCCAGGGCCGCAGUAG